AAAUCUAUUACAGAGCAGCAACCUGUAAAUCACGCCCUGGGUCAGCUCCCCGUCCACCUCCCAGCUGGUCUCUGGAUCUGCCACCAACAGGCUCCACCUCCCAGCUAAUCAGGAUCAGCAGCCAUGAAUGAGGUGCAGUGAGAGAGUCUGCACAGUCCCGUCACUGACCCAGACGUCAGGCUGGAACUGGGCUGCAAACGCCAAAACACCUGCAGGAGGCCGGAACCCCGAUGCAACCAAAGCAGGGGACGUCUGUGAGGAUAAUUUAAACAGAAAAAAAAGAAGACCGAUAAAAGGUAGAAGAAGAGAACACUUCAUCCUCCAAUUUCUUCUUAAUUCAGCCCUUAAUCAACUUCAAAACUGCCAAAUUCUGGACUGAAACGACGAGAAGGAAACCAGGAAGAAGAAGGAGAGGGAACCUUACGAAGUGUGUUGAGGGAUGUUGAGCUCAUGGAAGUGAGUCUCCUUGAUGUUCUUGAUCGAUGAUGAGAUUUUCACUGCCCUCUGUGCCUCUGAAUCCCUGCCAUAGCCCAUACAUGGUGACGUCUGAUGUCCAGGAAUCAACACGAGGCUGAACCAUGGUCAUUGUGCAGCAGGGGGACUAUGUGUGGCUGGACCUUAAAACGGGACGAGAGUUUGAUGUCCCGGUGGGAGCCGUGGUCAAACUGUGUGACUCCGGACAGAUCCACGUUCUGGAUGAUGAAGGCCGGGAACACUGGAUCUCCCCUCAGAAUGCCACCAGCAUCAAGACGAUGCAUCCAACCUCCAUCCACGGCGUGGAGGACAUGAUCCGGCUGGGCGACCUCAACGAAGCCGGCAUCCUCCGCAACCUGCUCAUCCGCUACAACGAGCGCGUCAUUUAUACGUACACCGGCUCCAUCCUGGUAGCGGUGAAUCCUUACCAGCUGCUGCCCAUCUACACUCCAGACCAGAUCCGCCUCUACACCAACAAGAAGAUUGGCGAGAUGCCGCCGCACAUAUUCGCCAUCGCAGACAACUGUUACUUCAACAUGCAGCGGAACAACAAGGACCAAUGCUGCAUCAUUAGUGGUGAAUCUGGAGCUGGGAAGACUGAAAGCACAAAGCUGAUUCUGCAGUUCCUGGCAGCAAUCAGCGGUCAACACUCCUGGAUCGAGCAGCAGGUCCUGGAGGCCACGCCGAUCCUCGAAGCCUUCGGCAACGCCAAGACCAUUCGUAAUGACAACUCCAGUCGCUUUGGAAAGUACAUAGAUAUCCACUUCAACAAGCGAGGGGCCAUAGAAGGAGCCAAAAUAGAGCAGUACCUGCUGGAGAAGUCUCGUGUGUGUCGACAGGCUCCAGAUGAGAGGAACUACCACAUUUUCUACUGUAUGUUGAAGGGCAUGGCUCCAGAGAUGAAAGCUAAGCUCGGCCUCGGUCUUGCCACGGAUUACUCCUACCUCACCAUGGGUCACUGCACAGAGUGUGACGGUCGAGACGACCUCAGCGAUUAUUCCAGCAUCCUGUCAGCCAUGAAGGUCCUCAUGUUCACCGAGACCGAGAACUGGGAGAUUUCCAAGCUGCUGGCUGCCAUCCUGCAUAUGGGAAACCUGCGAUUCGAGGCUCGAACGUAUGACAACCUGGACGCCUGUGUGGUGGUGAGAUCUCCCGACCUGGUAACUGCUGCUUCACUCAUGGAGGUGGAGCCCAAAGAUGUGAUGGUGUGUUUGACCACUCGAACCCUCAUCACACGAGGUGAAAGUGUUGCGACGCCGCUCAAUGUGGAGCAAGGCCUGGAUGUCAGGGAUGCCUUCGUUAAGGGGAUCUACGGGAGGCUGUUUGUCUGGAUAGUGGAGAAGAUCAACGCCGCCAUAUUCCGACCUCCGUCUUCUGAGACCAACAUCAUACGAAAGUCAAUCGGGCUGCUGGACAUCUUUGGCUUUGAGAACUUCUUUGUCAACAGUUUCGAACAGCUGUGCAUCAACUUUGCCAACGAGAACCUGCAACAGUUCUUUGUUCGACACGUCUUCAAGCUGGAGCAGGAGGAAUACAACCUGGAGGACAUCAGCUGGCAGCACAUCGAGUUCACCGACAACCAGGACGCCCUGGACAUGAUCGCCAACAAACCCAUGAACAUCAUCUCCCUCAUUGAUGAAGAGAGCAAGUUUCCUAAGGGAACAGAUGCUACGAUGCUGUAUAAGCUCAACUCACAGCACAAGCUCAACUCCAACUACAUCCCUCCGAAAAACAGCUACGAAACCCAGUUUGGCAUCCAACACUUUGCCGGAGUCGUACUUUACGAGACCAGAGGGUUCCUGGAGAAGAACCGAGACAGCCUCCACACCGACAUCAUCCAGCUCGUCCACUCGUCCAAGAACAAGUUCAUCAAGCAGAUCUUCCAGGCCGACGUCGCCAUGGGUGUUGAGACGAGGAAACGUUCUCCGACUCUGAGCAGUCAGUUCAAACGGUCUCUGGAGAUGCUGAUGAGGACGCUCAGCGUUUGUCAGCCAUUCUUCGUCCGCUGCAUAAAGCCCAACGAGCUCAAAAAGCCAAUGUUGUUCGACAGAGAGCUGUGCAUUCGUCAGCUGCGAUACUCCGGCAUGAUGGAGACGAUCCGGAUCAGGAGGGCGGGUUAUCCCAUCAGAUACAGCUUCGCAGAGUUUGUGGAUCGAUACCGAGUUCUGAUGCCUGGAGUCAAACCUGCUCACGUACAGGAGGACCUGAGAGGAACCUGCCAGCAGAUAGUCUUGGCCCGGCUGGGGAAGCACGAUGACUGGCAGAUCGGAAAGACCAAGAUUUUCCUAAAGGAUCACCACGAUAUGCAGCUGGAGAUCGAGAGGGACAAAGCCAUCACUGAUAAGGUCAUCCUCAUCCAGAAGGCAGUGAGAGGACUGAAAGAGAGGACCAACUUUCUCAGACUGAGGAGCGCUGUGACUUUCAUUCAGAAGGUCUGGAGGGGUUAUCAAUCCAGGAAGAAUUACCAAAUUAUGCGGUCGGGUUUCUUGCGCCUCCAGGCCGUCUACAGGUCCAGGAAGCACUACAGAAGCUACCGGAUGACUCGCCUCCGUGUCACGCUCAUCCAGGCUCUGUGUCGCGGCUUCCUCAUCCGGCAGACGUUCUGGCGGCGUCUCCGUGCCGUGCUGACCAUCCAGGCCUACACCAGGGGCAUGAUAGCCAGACGCCUCUGCCAGCGGCUCAGGGCAGAGCUUCAGCGUCGCUUGGAAGCCGAGCGUCAGCGCCUGGCCGAGGAGGAGCGUCUGAGGAACCAGAUGACGGCUCGGCGGGCCAAAGCUGAGGCCGAGAGGAAGCACCAGGAGCGUCUGGUCCAACUGGUCCAGCAGCAGGAGGAGAGGGAGAGGGAGGAGAAGGAGGAGGCGAGGAGGAAGAAGGAGCUCCUGGAGCAGAUGGAGAGGGAGAAGGAGGCGCCCGUCGACCACUCGGACAUGGUCGACCGUAUGUUUGGUUUCCUGGGGAACGCCGGCCCAUUACCCAACCAGGACGGACAGGCACCAGCUGGAUUCGAAGACUUGGAAAACAUCCCUCGUGGUGAGGAAGCUGAGGAGGAGGUGCUGAACGAAGCUCUGCCGUUACCAGACGAGGAAGAGGAGGAUCUAUCAGAGUACAAGUUCUCCAAGUUUGCAGCUACGUACUUCCAGGGCGUUUCCACUCACACUUACAUCAGACGGCCGCUGAAACAACCUCUGCUGUUCCACGAGGACGAAGGAGACCAGCUGGCAGCGUUAGCAGUCUGGAUCACCGUGCUGAGGUUCAUGGGAGAUCUCCCAGAGCCAAAAUGUCAAAUAGUCAUCAAUGAUGGCAGCGAAAAGAUCCCCGUCAUGACCAAGAUCUACGAAACGCUCGGCAAGAGAACAUACAAGAGGGAGCUGCAAGAGCUGCAGGUGGAAGGAGAGAACAGCUCCAUAGACGUCCAGAAGAGGAACAGCGUCAGACAUAAACUCGUAUCUCUCACCCUGAAGAGGAAAUCCAAGAUCACCGAGGAGGUCACCCGGCGACUCACUGAGGGCGACUACGGCCUGCAGGGGAACAGCAUGCUGGAGGAUCGACCCACCUCCAACCUGGAGAAACUUCACUUCAUCAUCGGAAACGGCAUCUUAAGACCUGCACUCAGGGAUGAGAUCUACUGUCAGAUCUGCAAACAACUCACCCAGAAUCCGUCUAAAAGCAGCCACGCUCGGGGAUGGAUCCUGCUCUCUCUCUGCGUCGGCUGCUUCGCCCCGUCCGAAAAGUUUGUCAAAUAUUUACGGACGUUUCUGAUCAACGGUCCUCCCGGUUACGCUCCGUACUGCGAGGAAAGGUUGAGGAGGACGUUUGUCAACCGCACUCGGACGCAGCCGCCAUCUUGGUUGGAGCUGCAGGCCACAAAGUCUAAGAAGCCCAUCAUGCUGCCGGUGACGUUCAUGGACGGCACCACUAAGACGCUGCUGGCCGACUCGGCCACUACAGCCAGCGAGUUGUGUAACGCUCUGGCUGACAAGAUCAACCUGAGAGAUCGGUUCGGCUUCUCGCUCUACAUCGCUCUGUUCGACAAGGUGUCGUCGCUGGGCAGUGGCAGCGACCACGUCAUGGAUGCCGUCUCACAGUGUGAGCAGUACGCGAAGGAGCAGGGCGCCCAGGAGAGGAACGCCCCUUGGAGGCUGUUCUUCAGGAAGGAGAUCUUCAACCCCUGGCACAGCCCCGCCGAGGACCACGUCGCCACAAACCUCAUCUACCAGCAGAUCGUCCGAGGAGUGAAGUUUGGAGAGUACCGCUGUGAGAGGGAGGAGGAUCUGGCAGAACUGGCCUCUCAGCAGUACUUUGUGGAUUACGGCUCUGAGAUUCUCCAGGAUCGCUUGCUUAGCCUCAUCCCCUCGUACAUCCCCGACAGAGAAAUCACCUCCACUAAGACUGCAGAGAAGUGGGUUCAGCUCAUCAUAAGCGCCCACAAAAAGGGAUUACACAGUAAAAGGAGACUUAGCACGCAGAAGGUGAAGGAGGACGUGGUGGAUUUUGCUCGUUUAAAGUGGCCUUUACUCUUCUCACGCUUCUACGAGGCCUUUAAAUUCUCAGGGCCCAGUCUGCCCAAGAACGAUGUGAUCGUGGCAGUGAACUGGACGGGGGUUUACUUUGUGGACGAACAGGAGCAGGUUCUUCUGGAGCUUUCCUUCCCGGAGAUCACAGCUGUGUCCAGUAGCAGAGGAGGUAAACUCCAGGGUCAGAGUUUCACUUUGGCCACCAUCAAAGGAGACGAGUACACGUUCACCUCCAACAACGCCGAGGACAUCCGGGACCUGGUGGUCGCCUUCCUGGAGGGUCUGAGGAAGAGGUCCAAGUACGUGGUCGGCCUGCUGGACUGUCUGAACCCUGCUGGGGUCGACUCCAACUUCCUGAGCUUCUCCAAAGGGGAUCUGAUCAUCCUGGACGAACACGAUGGAGAACAUGUGAUGAACUCUGGCUGGGCUCACGGCAUCAACGACAGAACCAAACAGAGAGGAGACUUUCCUGCCGACUGCGUCUACGUUCUGCCGACCAUCACCAGACCGCAGUACGACAUCGUGGCUCUGGUGACGAUGACUCCUGAUCAGAGGCGAGAGUCCAUCGGUUUGUCUCAGAUGAACCUCUCUGACCACGAGGACAAAUCUAAGGCCUACACACUGGAGGAGUUCUCCUACGACUACUUCAGGCCUCCUCCAAAGAGCACUCUGAGCAGGGUGAUGAUCUCUAAAGCUCGAGGGAAGGAGCGACUGUGGAGCUGCACCAGGGAGCCUCUCAAACAGCCGCUGCUGAAGAAGGUUCUGGCCCACGAGGAGCUCUCCCAGGAGGCCUGCCUGGCCUUCAUAGCUGUGAUGAAGUAUAUGGGCGACUACCCGUCCAAGCGAGUCCGCUCCGUCAACGAACUCACCGAUCAGAUAUUUGAAGGAGCGCUGAAGGCCGAGCCGCUCAAAGACGAAAUCUUCUGUCAGAUUCUCAAACAGCUGACGGACAAUCACAUUAAGUACAGUGAGGAGAAAGGCUGGGAGCUGCUGUGGCUCUGCACCGGUUUGUUUCCUCCCAGUAACAUCCUGCUGCCUCACGUCCAGAAGUUCCUCCAGGCCAAGAAACAUUAUCCGCUGGCUCCAGACUGCAUGCAGCGGCUCCAGAAAGCCUUACGAAAUGGAUCGAGGAAGUACCCCCCUCACCUGGUGGAGGUGGAGGCCAUCCAGCACAAAACCACUCAGAUCUUCCACAAAGUUUACUUCCCCGAUGACUCAGACGAGGUGUUCGAAGUGGAGUCGAGCACGAAGGCCAAAGAUUUCUGCCACAACAUCUCCGGACGUUUAAUGCUCAAAUCCUCCGAAGGUUUCAGUCUCUUCGUCAAGAUCACCGACAAGGUCAUCAGUGUGCCGGACGGUGACUUCUUCUUCGACUUCGUGAGGCACCUGACCGACUGGAUCAAGAAAGCCAGACAUGUAAAAGACGGUAUAGUGCCUUCACUGACCUAUCAGGUGUUCUUCAUGAAGAAGCUGUGGACGAACACGGUGCCAGGAAAAGACUCCAUGGCUGAUUCCAUCUUCCAUUAUUACCAAGAGCUGCCUAAGUAUCUGCGUGGCUACCACAAGUGUUCCAAGGAAGAGGUGCACCAGCUGGCGGCGCUGAUCUACAGGGUGAAGUUUGAGGAGGACAAAUCUCACUUCCACAAUAUCUCCAAGAUCCUGAAGGACCUCGUCCCUCAGGACCAGAUGAGACAUUUGUCCCCCGAUGACUGGAAGAGGUCCAUCAUGUCGCUCUUCAACAAGCACUCAGGGAAGAGUCGUGAAGAUGCCAAACUCUCCUUCCUCAAAGUCAUCUACAAGUGGCCCACGUUUGGUUCCGCCUUCUUUGAAGUCAAGCAAACAACUGAUCCAAAUUACCCAGAAACCCUCCUGAUAGCCAUCAACAAACAUGGAGUCAGUCUGAUCGAUCCCAAGUCGAAGGACAUCCUCACCACCCACCCCUUCACUAAGAUCUCCAACUGGAGCAGCGGCAACACGUACUUCCACAUCACCAUCGGAAACCUGGUCAGAGGCAGCAAACUGCUGUGUGAAACGUCCCUGGGCUACAAAAUGGACGACCUCCUGACAUCCUACAUCAGCCAGAUGUUGACCACCAUGACCAAACAGAGAACCUCCCGAGGCAACAGCAAGUGAGCGUACGGCUGGAAACUCAUCGAUGGUGGUCGAUCAAUGGCUGCACUCACGCUGAUGGUGAACGGUGACGCUGCGAUGCCAACGUUUUUAUGGCCCUGUCUUAAAACUCACCUAUUGCCUUUAAACGACCAACACGACAUUUCUGUGAUUUUAAGAGCGGUGAGGCUCAUUAUUGCUGCGGUUUUAUGGAUUUAACUCUCAGAGCGACAGUUUCCAGACUUCUCGAGACUCGAUUCAGUGCUGCAUUUUCCAGAAAUGAAGAACAAGGAGGGACAUUUGGGCCCGUUUUUAUCAAGUAUCUCAGAAGGAAAUCAGUCCGAAGCAGCUAAAAAUUCUUAGAAGACUGAAAGUAUUCAGCUAAAUUCAACUUUCUUAGUCCUAGAGCAAGCACUCAACAGAGAGGUCAUAAUCAGGUGUUUGUGUAAUUACAGUUGCUGCCAGAAGGGGGAGACAAAAAUGCUACACUGCAGGUUUGAUUGAAAUUUAGUAAUGACGGCGCCACAUCUAAUCUGACAAAACUCUACAUGUUUGAAAGCACAAAAUGUCACAAAUCAAUCGUUGUGAACCAUUUUUAAGACUCAGUUAAAGAGACGUGAACACAGGCGGCUGCUAAUAUGUUAGCGCUGAUGAAAUUUACAGUCGUGUGGCUGCACAAGUCCUAAAAAACUACAGCAAAAGUGUAGUUUCUUGUCCGUUACUGUCAUCUGUAGAUGGCACAAACUUCUUGAGUAACUGCACUGCUCAUUAUUUUCACUGCAAGAA